AUAAAAUAAGGCGCCCCAUUCAAAAUCGUCGCGCUGGUGGAACUAAAGUUGUUCUCUGACCCUGUGUCUACUUAACUUCAUCUCAUCCCAAAUAAAGGUCCUGUGCGAAUCUCAACAGCUCUGUAUUUUUUAGUUACUUGGAUAUUCGGAAUUCCCUGCAAAAGUCCAAAUUAAUUUCACUUAGGAUCAUCUGAUAGAACUGGUUAUGGAAGCACGUGAAAAUCAAAAGGCCUCUGAAAAGGAUUUAGCGGUUGGAAAUCCACCAACAGGAUUUUCAUUUUUCCCAGAGCACAUAUUCGGUGAGAAUGGCUACUUAAACUUGUUGCGAUAUAUACUUUCCAAUGGCGUUGAACGGAGAGAUCGUACCGACACAGGGACGUUUGGAGUUUUCGGUCCACAGCUUCGCUUUUCUCUUAGAAAUCAAGAAUAUCCUCUACUGACUACAAAAACAGUGUUUUUUCGCGGAAUCGUAGAAGAACUAUUAUGGUUUAUUCGUGGGUCUACAAAUUCUCGUGAACUGGCGGAAAAGAAUGUACAUUUCUGGGAUGCAAAUGGAUCUCGUGAAUUUUUAGAUGGACUAGGAUUUACUGAGCGUGAAGAAGGUGAUCUCGGUCCAGUUUAUGGUUUCCAGUGGCGUCACAGUGGAGCAGAAUACGUAGACUGUCAAACCGACUAUACUGGUCAAGGUGUUGAUCAACUUGCUGAUGUAAUAAAACUUAUACGUGAGCGCCCUUGGGAUAGAAGGAUUAUGAUUGUGGCUUGGAAUGUUAAAGAUCUACGUAAAAUGGUUCUUCCUCCCUGUCAUUGUCUUGUUCAGUUUUAUGUUGCAAAUGAUGAGUUAAGUUGUCAAUUAUAUCAACGUUCGGGGGAUAUGGGUCUUGGUGUACCGUUCAAUAUUGCAAGUUAUGCUUUAUUAACAUAUAUGAUUGCUCAUAUUACUGGUUUAAAACCUGGUGAGUUCGUUCACACAAUUGGCGAUGCGCAUAUUUAUUCAAACCAUCGUGAGGCGUUACUUGAGCAGAUCUAUGAUAGACAACAUUUGUUGGCUACAACCAAAUUAACACAAAUCCCUGUUUUCUUUCGGUGAAGUUUUUCCUUAUUAGUUACUUACUUUCAGAUAUUCUGAUACUUUAUUUUUUACUUUGUUUAUAUUUGUAAUGUCCUUGCAGUUGACCAGAUUUGUCGAUCCUGGUCAUUGAAGCAGUUGCUUGUUUUCUAAAAAUGAGUAAGGAGUUAUUGAGCUUUGUGCAUAUUCUGUCUUAAUACUUGACAACUUGAUCUAGGAUUCAUCCUGUAAUAAAUUAUAUUAUGUAGAGGAUUUACUUAUCGGUUGUCAAUGCUCCUCAUACCUUAUACUUCAGUACCGAUCAACGCUUAUCAAGGAAAGGAUAUGUAUAUAUCCUACUUCGUCAUGUAUGUUCUAUUGAGUUAAUAUGUGCGGAAUAAUGGUAUGUAAAAUUUGAAUAUUAAUUUUACCUAGGAUACGUAUAUUUCAGUCACGGUAAUGUUGAAUAACAAAAGCAAACAAAACCAUUAAAGUUCAGUAAUACAUUGACUUAAACCAUGAUAAAAGGACUCAGUUUUUUAAGCCAUAGAGAAACACGUACAAUCAAAUGCUAAUGUAAAACAAUCGAGGUUAAACGUAAGUAAUUGACAUGGUCAAAUAUAUAGUUGGUGGAAUAAAUGGAAAAAUUAGAACAAUUUGUCUGUUUAAAUUUUAGAAUAAUUCGUAUAGGCGUGUAACGAUACGAGUUGUUAUGAGGUUCCCCUGUAGAAAAUCGGACAUUAAUUUGGAAAUAAAAUAUUUAUUUUUGUGGAAUAACACUAACGAUAUGUGAAUGUAUUUCAAAAACUGGUAGCAUAAAGAAAUGUACCAUACGGCAGAAUGAUACAUGAGGGAGGAGCGUAUGUUACAGAAAUAUAGUACUUUAGGAAAAAAGUACGAAUUAUGUACGUAGGUGCUGAAUAACCAUGCGAUCAUGAACGAGUUAAUGUACUUAUGACCGUUACCUCUAUGAACGAUAACUAUUGGUAUAGUCAGCAAAUGCGUAGUCGGUAUUGUGACCAUAUAUAUCGGGUUACUAUUAAAUAUGUAUUAGUAGGAUAACCAAGGGAACAGAAAGUGACCGUAGAGACGAGAUACACGGAGUCAUAUUCCUUUUUGAUCGUAAAGCUUUGUAAUUUUUUUUAGUUGAAUGCCCCCGAUAUCGUUUUGUCGCACGACUACCAAGGCAUGACGACGAUAGUAUUACGUACGGUCAUAGUUGAAGGACGAAUGGAACUUAAAUAUGACGAUUGUUUUUUUGGGAGACUAACUCUAAACUCUUGAUUUACAGUGCAGUGAAAAUGCAUAUUGAUUGCAGUUAUCGAACUAUGUUUAAGGGCAAUAAGUGAUUCAUCAUGCAUUUGUGUGAAUAUAUAGGUAAGAUGAAGGUGUUCGUUAUCAAUGCGUAGUUUCAAAAGUUGCGUUUUGUUCUUAGUAGUAAGGAUUAUCGAUUUAUUGCCCGUUGCGUGAGUCCAGUAUAACCAAUUGGCUACGUGUUCGAAUCCCGUAAGGUUGCAUUCUUAUUGAUCAACCACAAAUUGAAAGCUUUUUUUCGAUGUUAUAGCAGUCUAUAUAGAUGGCUUAGUUUCUAAAUUUGGAGUUAUACUCCUGACUAGAUUGUGAUGUUCAAGGUUAUAUACUGCAACCGUUGGAACCGUUACAGAAAACCAUUCGUUUUUCCUCCUUUUAAAACGAUCGCAAAUAUGUCAUCAAAGAUUUUACAUACACAUCACUUUUACCUCAAUUUGACUGCCAUGAAAUCUUUAUCAGAAAAGUUAAAUCACCAAAACUAAUUACAUCCUCCUAUUCCUUUUUACGACAUUUUUAUAGGUUAAACGUGUACCGCGGCCAUUCCCAAAAUUGGAGAUCGUUCGAGAGGUCAAGAAUAUUGAUGAUUUUAAGUUUGAAGAUUUUAAACUGAUUGAUUAUAAACCUUAUCCAAAAAUAACUAUGAAAAUGGCACUUUAAAUGAUUGUUUAACAAUUUUUGUUAAUUAAAAUUAUUUCGUGUUAUUUAAACCCAGAUUUGAAAAUAUAUACUUUCUAAUCACUUA